CGCUGCUGUUCAACUCGCGAGUCUGGGACGUACGGUAAGGUUGGAACCCAGCAGAAGUGCGGAGCGACUAACCACUACUCGCGGAGAGCACGCUCCCAGUUCGCGGACCGGCUAGAGCUGCUGAGGGGCUCCUGGUGAAAGCACUGCCACACAGCGGAGCGCGACCGUCUGGACGAUCUGGAGGCGCGAACGUCUGGGCGACUGGACUGCCACAGCGCAAAAAUGCUCGCCGGCGUCCUCGUGUUCAUCCUGGUGGCGCCCGCGACGCCCCUCGCCCCGGCGACGAAGCCGCCCUCGAGCCGCGACGUCGGCCGCCUCGUGAACGAGGCUGCGACCGUCGAAGACGCCCUCGCGACGGCGCGACUGCUCCCACUGGCUGGCGAGGAGACGCAGCACUGGGAGACGCAAGACGUCCAUAUUGCGAGACGACGCAAGUCGCUGACGGCGCUGCUCCGACGCGUCACGCGCUGGACGGUCGGUGGCGCCGCGGCGGAGGCGCGACGGGGCGUGCUGGCGAACGACGACUUUACACGUUGCAUGCAUCUGCUGGCCGAACCGGGGCCUGCAGAGGCGUACGCCGCCGAGCGACGCGACGGCCUGCGGCUCGUCGCCGCGCUGGCGCAGGCGCCGGACGCGCUGGCGCCCGUAGCGCAGGACGUCGACGCCGCCUUCCGCGUGGCGCUCGACGAGCUCGACGGCGCGCCGGGCGCCACGACCGGUUUACAUUGGGCGGCAAAGCGCUGCGCGGCCGCCGGCGCGCCCGUGGCCACGUUGGAUGCGCUAGGCGCGGCGGAGAGCGCGCUUCGCCUGCCGUUCCGCGUGCACGUGAACGCCGUGACCCUGCCCGGCGUCGGAGAGCUCGCGGCGGCCCUGCCGCUGCGCGCGGACACGAUCGCGACGAAAAGUGGAGCGCUGGUGCUCGAGCGGCGGCGGACGGCGUGGCUCGCCGAGCCCGGCAUCGGGGCACUGGCCUACAGCGGCAAACUCAUGGCACCGGAGCCCAUCCCCGACGCCGUCCGAAAGAUCCGUGACUCUGUGCAACGGCAGUGCAUAAAUCAGAUUGUCGCGGCGCGUUGCCACCCGACUCACUGAUUGAUUUGCGCACAGGUCAAUGGCAUGCUCGACGCGCCAAAAUUUGACUGCGCUUUGUGCAACCUCUACCCGGCGGGCGAGGACGCGGCGUGCAAGUUCCACAGCGAUCCUGAGCACGGGUCGCACUGGCACCUGUCGACAGCCGUCGUAUCAUGUGGGGAGCCACGGCGAUUCGCCUUCCGAAGGAUAGGGGCGGAAGAUGACGAGCACGACCGCCACUCCUUCCAUUUAUUUGACGGCGAUGUCGUUGAGAUGUUCGAUAAUUGUCAAGACAUCUACCAGCACGCGGUGUUGGCGCCCGAGGACGCGACGACGAACCAGGGCGCAAGAGUAUCGCUCGUGUUCAAAAACGCGCUGCUCUUGCCGUCCGGGAAGAAGGGGCACGGGCUCCCGGGCUCCGGCACUCGUAGCGACCGGAGAAAGGCGAAGAUCAAAGUCGCGGGCGACGAGCGGCCGAAGCCGAAGCCUGGACGACGGCGGCGGCGAGCUACUGCGUCGCGGUGAUAAGUACCUUGUAUGUGUC